AUAAAACAAAUAGGUUGUGCAAUGGGAAUGAAAGAGCCAUUUGUUUGAUAGGAGACCCUGCCCCUGACUCCAGGCUAUUUCAUAUGACUGUUCUCGUGACUUAGAAGUAUGGAGUCAUAGAUCAUUUAAAUUGAACUGCUUGCUGGUGAUCGGUUUGGAUGACAUAGGUUACACGGAAUUUACUAUGCAUGCUUCUUAAUCACUUCAAAUAUAAGUCUUUUUUUUAAUAAAAAUCUGUGUGACAUAUUACUAUCAAUAUCAUUAAUGUAAUUAAUUUAAUGUAGAUAAUUAUAUAUGAAUGUAUACUUAGAAGGUCAAUUGGGGACCAAAUGCACUAAAACCCAUUGCUUUGCUGUAAUGUAAUAGCUGUCAUUUUGAGUUUUAUCAUUUAAACUUUAUAUCAUAAAAAGGCUUUAAUAACGGUUUUAGAUAAUCCUGUGAUAAAGUAUUUGUAUUUUUUUUGUUUUGUUUAUUUGUUUGCUUCUUUUCACCUACUUAGUGUGAAUAACUCACACAUCUGAGUACUGUGACUAAAAACAGUGUUUUUCUUGUUGUACUAAUGAAAAGAUAGCACCUGAUAGUAAAGCCACACCUGCUUAUCUACCCUCGCAGCCCUGGGAGAUUGCGUUUUUAGUCGAGCCCAUUCAAAACCCGUGGAUGAAUAAACUUCUAACAGCGAGGGUUUGAAGCACAGGACUGAUCCAUCACGGCAACUUUUCAUUGGCUGAUCAACUCAAGAGCCCGCCUACUUCCUCUCUAUUCUGAAAUCCUAUUGGUUCCUGUCUGAAGAGCCGCUCCUCCAAUCGUUAGCGUCACAGCAACGCUUGACUCCUGGUAGGCAGCGAUGAUGUUGUGGUUAUCCAUGCUGCCGAGACCUCCGAAUGUUUCCCCGUGAAGAAGCCCAUCAAUGAGAGCCCGCGACGCAUGGAGUUGAGGUCGGACCGUGGGGUGGCAACUCUGGAGAUGUCGCAGGUCAAAAGCAAAAACGACGAUACUUUUGAUGGCGACGGGGACUACGAGAGUUUGCCUCCCGACGUCUCUGUGACGACCCACAUGACAGCAGGAGCGGUAGCAGGCAUACUGGAGCACACGGUGAUGUACCCCGUGGACUCUGUCAAGACUAGGAUGCAGAGCCUGCAGCCUGACCCAAACGCUCAGUACAAGGGCGUGUACGAAGCUCUGAAAAGGAUCGUCCGCACAGAAGGGAUCUUCAGACCCCUGAGAGGCCUCAACAUCACCAUGUUGGGAGCCGGGCCUGCCCACGCUCUCUACUUCGCCUGCUAUGAGCGGGCGAAGCGAUCGCUCAGCAACGUCAUCCAGAAUGGAGGAAACAGCCACAUAGCCAACGGUGUGGCAGGUAGUGUGGCCACAGUUCUCCACGAUGCCAUCAUGAAUCCAGCUGAAGUGGUGAAGCAGAGGAUGCAAAUGUACAACUCUCCAUAUAAAGGACUUUGGGACUGCGUUCAAACCGUGACGCGCAGCGAAGGCGUCGGAGCCUUCUACCGCAGCUACAGCACGCAGCUCACCAUGAACAUUCCCUUCCAGGCCGUUCACUUCAUCACCUAUGAACUGAUGCAGGAGCAGCUCAACCCUCACCGGCAUUACAACCCCAGCAGCCACAUUCUGUCGGGAGCAGCCGCCGGCGCCGUCUCGGCUGCCGUGACCACUCCACUAGACGUUUGUAAAACCCUGCUGAACACGCAGGAAAACGUGGCUCUGAACUCCAUGAACAUCAGCGGCCACUUGUCAGGGAUGGUCAACGCCUUCAGGACAGUGUACCGCCUCGGGGGUCUGGCAGCCUUCUUUAAGGGGGUCCAGGCGCGGGUUAUAUACCAGAUGCCCUCGACCGCCAUUGCCUGGUCAGUGUACGAGUUUUUCAAAUAUUUCCUGACGAAGCAGCAGCUCGAGCAGGAGGCCAGAUCGGGGUCAGCGUAAUGGAAAGUGGGUCGGAGCUGCGCGUGCCAAGACUAAUGAAAGGGACUUCCAGCCUGAAGCUGUGCAAGAUAAGUCCUUUUUCCCACAAGGCAGCGAGUCAGGGAAUGCUGCUCUCCAUGUGUUAUCCAAAUCCGUGUCUUGUUUCGCCACAAAGAUGCAAAGAAAUUACGAUUCUUAAGGAAGAAUGGGAUCUUGUUCUAUUCCUUCCAAAAUGACAAGAUCCACAACUUUAAGCUCUUCUACAUGUGAAUGAAGUUGUUACAAAGAUGUUUAUAUUUAGACAUAUCUGAACUUUUUAUUUAUUUUGCUGAAGAUUGUUUUUUUUUGGGGGGGUGGGGGGGGCGUGAAAGAAACUCAGUGUUUGUUUUUAACUUUUUUUUUUUUUCUGUGCUCACGGAAAGCAUACUGCAAGUCAUUUCCAUUUGUCUUCUGAUAGGGACGCCUCCGUUUUCCAAGUGCCUCACGAGAAUCAAACACUCCUGAUCUUCAUUUUGCUUUUCUCAACAUAAGUGAUAAGUUUUUGAUUGGAUUAAGUCGCUCUACAUUUAUUUUUAAUAAUUAACUAACCAAUUUGAUGCUGUGUUCUUUUCUUCAGACGUUCUCUUUGCUCUAAAUUGAGUUUCAUCAUUUGUCUUUAUCCUAGAAAACGUCUUCACUGAGUUCUGUGUUGACCGUAGCGGUCCAGCUUUAUUUUUUGUUGUUUUUUGAUUUAUUACUCAGUAGUACAGCACUAAAAAGCUCUUGAAUCACGCACAAUAGCGGUCGGAUUUAAAACCUCUUGUAUUGACAAAAGUACUUUUUUUCUUUGCUGACUAUUCUAUAGAAAUCUCUUAAAGGAGGUCCUGCUUUGCUUUGUGCAAAAGCAGUCUCAAAGGCUCUGGAUUUGAUUAAAAAUGUACGUAAAAUGUUUGGUAAAGACUGACUUUGGAAACAAAGUGUCUGGAAACCAGAACAGAGAUCACCGUCCCCACUUUUGCGGCGAGAACUCCCUCAGAUUUGACUCUCACAUCCUGUUGUAGUUGCACAUUUCCCGUGUGCUCUCUGCUCUCUCCAGCCUAUUGUCUAUGCUUUGAUCCACAGUCAGGAAAUGUCGCCAGAUCCUGAUGUAAUCCAGAAAUUUGUUAUUAAUUAUAGAGGGACCAUCUUGUUUUUCUCUGGCCUGACAGUUCUGGAAACGUGUUCAGCCAGGCAAAUAUCGACAAACCAAAGACUUCAUUCUAUGCAUUUCCGAAUCUCGAUUGAAGCUUGCUUUUGCUGCGAGCGCCGCUGCCACACGCACAAACACAGAUCAUGUUCAUGUUCAUUAGAACUACAAACUUGAAGUUCUCCUCGUUUUGAGUUUGUGAAGUUUUCGAAGCAAAAGCAGCUCAAAGCGGAGGUCAUCCGUUUCCAUGAAUGUCUUCGGAAGGUUUUCCUCCUGGAACCAUGUGACCCGGCUUUUUGUUUACUGAUGUGAAGUUUGGAUUCUAUGAAAACGUGCUCGACAUGGCUUCAAAUAAAAAAAACCUCAUGAUGCAUUUAUGCCAACUUCAAUGUAAAAAGCAGCUUGACGGGCAUAGAUGGAGGGCCGUCGUAUUUUAAGUGAAAUCUGCUCAAUUUCUGUUGUUUUUGUUAGAAACAAUUCUAUUUUUUUAUGUGAUGACAGAGUCAUAUAAAACAAAAUGAAAUCCUGUUUGACAGUUACGGCAUUGAACUCAUUCCUUUUCGGUGUUCAUAGAAAGCUGAUUGUUUCCUAUUUAAUACCACAUUAAUGAGGUUGAUGCUCCAAACAGAGUGGGG